AUGGGAGAGGAUUUUGUUAAAAACCUGAAAAACUUAAAAUUAAAAAAAAUAAAAGCCUAUCUUAUGGAAAAAAACACAAAGAAACAAAAUUAUGUUGUCCCUGAUAAUCCAUUUGGUGCUACUUUAAAAAAUAAUCUUGUCACAGAAACAAACAUAUCACAGAGUUCAUCAAACCUGGAAAACUUAUGUUCAACUUCUUUACAAAAUGCACUGGAAUCAUCAAAAUCAGAAUAUGACAUAGAAUAUAACUCAGUUGAGCCAAACAUGGCAGGCCUAAGGACCACUAAAAGUAUUCGAACUGUUGAUAAUGUUGUUAAAGAAGCUACAUAUUCUGAGAUUAUUAAUGAUAACUUAGAUAAGAUUUAUGUUAUGUAUGUAUGUAAUGUUAUUAGUGAUAAAUUGGGUUAGCUUUUUAUCAUUUAAGAACUUAAAAACUUGGCUUUGAUAUAGUAUUCUAUAAAAUAAUAAAAAAAUGCCAACAAAUUUCAA